UUUACCUUAUGCAAUUACAGCACCUGCUUCCCACGUCACCUGUGUAAGCAUUGAGUAGCAAUGGAACCAGGAGCACCUGUUCGUGAUCAACGUACUCUACUGUUCCUCUCUUUCGUCUACUAACUUUCCUUCCGUUUCACUAGAUUUUCAGCUUCAAGGAGCCUUCUUAGCCUGCCAUACGCCCGUGUGUAUUUAUGCCAAGUCCACGCCUCAUGAUCACUUACAAUUCACCUCCUGAUCUUCUUGGGACAACUACUUGAAGAUUUUCGGCUUUUAUCACCUGCAGAUCACUCCGCGGGAUCAUCAGCUGGGUCGGCAUCAUUUAAACCGGCACAAUGUCUGGUAGCUACACGCCAUAUCCAGGGGGUCCCUUCUCAGCGCUCACAGCCAGCAUGUGGCCACAGGACAUACUAGCGAAGUACACACAGAAGGAGCAAUCUGUGGAACAGCCAGAAUUCCGCUAUGAUGAAUUUGGUUUCAGAGUGGACAAAGAAGAUGGUGCGGAGCCUAAUUCCAGUAAGCUUUUGAGUAUCCCACUCACAGAGGACCCUCAGCAGAGAUUAAAGUGGCAAGCCCACCUUGAAUUCACUCACAAUCAUGAUGUGGGGGACCUAACAUGGGAUAAGAUUGAUGUUACCCUCCCGCAUUCAGACAAGCUGCGCUCACUUGUACUAACUGGAAUCCCCCACAGUAUGAGACCGCAGCUAUGGAUGCGACUUUCUGGUGCCCUGCAGAAGAAGAGGAAUUCAGACAUGACAUACAGAGAUAUCGUGAGGAACAGUUCAAAUGAUGAAAAUCUGUCCGCCAAACAGAUUGAAAAAGACUUGCUUCGUACUAUGCCCAGCAAUGCUUGUUUCUCCAACUUACAAAGUGUAGGUGUUCCUCGCCUCAGGCGAGUCCUACGUGGACUGGCUUGGUUCUAUCCAGAUAUUGGAUAUUGCCAGGGUACAGGCAUGGUGGCCGCCUGUUUGCUGCUUUUCUUAGAGGAAGAAGAUACAUUUUGGAUGAUGAGUGCUAUUACAGAAGACUUGGUUCCAGCCUCUUAUUUUAAUAACACGCUGGAUGGAGUGCAAACAGACCAGCGGGUGUUGCGUCACCUUAUUGUGCAGUAUCUUCCACGCCUGGACAAGCUGCUACAAGAACACGACAUUGAGCUGUCUCUCAUCACUCUCCACUGGUUCCUCACUGCGUUUGCUAGUGUUGUGCAUAUCAAGCUGCUGUUAAGGGUUUGGGAUUUAUUCUUCUAUCAGGGAUCUCUGGUUCUAUUUCAGACUACAUUGGGAAUGCUGAAAAUGAAGGAGGAAGAGCUAAUUCAGUCUGAAAACUCUGCAUCCAUCUUCAAUACUCUGUCAGACAUCCCAUCGCAGAUAGAAGAUGCAGAUGUUCUACUGCGAGAGGCCAUGAUGAUUGCAGGGACUCUUACAGAGGUCAUGAUUGAGGCUCAGAGACGCAAACAUCUGGCAUACCUCUAUGCUGAUCCAGGACAGAUGCACAAUUCAAAAGUCUCCAAGAUUACAAGAAGACCAAGUCAGCGCAGAAAAUCGGGGAUAUCCACGUUAUUGUUUGGCGAAGAUGAUAUCGAGGCCCUAAAAUCCAAGAAUAUCAAACAGACUGCUCUGGUAGCAGAUUUACGGGAGGCAAUCAUGCAAGUUGCUCGGCAUUUUCAAUGCACAGACCCUAAAAACUGCAACAUUGACUUGACAGCUGAUUACACGAUGGAGAGCCAUCAAAGAGACCAUGAAAACUAUGUAUCUUGCUCGAGGAGCAGGCGCCGCAGGGCUAAAGCUUUGUUGGACUUUGAGCGCCAUGAUGAUGAUGAACUUGGCUUUCGCAAGAAUGAUAUAAUAACGAUAAUUUCACAGAAAGAUGAGCAUUGCUGGGUAGGGGAACUUAAUGGACUACGUGGUUGGUUUCCUGCAAAGUUUGUGGAGAUACUGGAUGAAAGGAGCAAAGAGUAUUCAGUCGCUGGUGAUGACUCUGUUACCGAAGGUAUUACAGACCUGGUUCGAGGAACGUUAUGCCCUAGCAUUAAGGCGAUAUUUGAGCAUGGACUAAAAAAGCCUUCUCUGUUGGGUGGUCCAUGCCACCCCUGGCUUUUUAUAGAGGAGGCUGCCAGCCGAGAAGUGGAGCGAGAUUUUGAUUCCGUGUACUCACGCCUUGUCUUGUGCAAGACUUACAGGUUAGAUGAAGACGGGAAAGUGUUGACCCCAGAAGAACUACUUUAUCGGGGGGUGCAGUCUGUGAAUGUCAGUCAUGAUUCUGCUCACGCACAGAUGGAUGUAAAGCUUCGUUCUCUCAUCUGUAUUGGGCUCAACGAGCAGGUAAUCCACUUGUGGCUUGAAGUGCUGUGUUCUAGCUUGCAGACCGUAGAGAAGUGGUACCAGCCGUGGUCCUUCCUCAGGAGCCCAGGUUGGGUUCAGAUAAAAUGUGAACUAAGGGUUCUCUCAAAGUUUGCUUUCAGUUUAUCUUCUGACUGGGAAUUGCCUGUUAAAAAAGAGGAAAAAGAGAAAAAGCCAUUGAAGGAAGGGGUACAGGACAUGUUGGUAAAACAUCACCUUUUCAGCUGGGACAUUGAUGGAUGAUGAAAUGUAACUUUUGUUCUUCACAUGUUGCAGAACAGAGUCCUGGAACCUUAUGGAGCUCCUCUCCAAACUGCACUUUUCUAUCCUGUUCUACUGCCAAGAACUCCAAAAUUUCUCCUGUUCAUACUAGUACAUGCUUUGGGUUAACAGUCCAAUCUGAAUGUAAGAAGUUCUUAUGGGAGACAUUUGGACAAACAUGACCAUAUUGAGAUGGAAUGGAGCUCCAGGGAAGAAAUAGACAUUUAUUUUUUCCACCUGGAUUAAAACCUUGAAUGGUUUGUGUAGGCUGUCUUCAGCCACAAGUUCAUCUGUCCCAUUUUAUUUUUAUUUUUUUUAUUAUUUGCAAAUGGAUUGGGUGUUCCAUAAUCCUGUUUUGUUGAAUCCACUACAGCUGUGUGUAUAUAUAAAUAUAUAUAUAUAUAAAUUAGUGUAUAUUUUGAGACCGAUGUGAAGAGUUUGCUUUUGUUAAGACCUCCUCCUACCUCCUCCGCCUAUUUUCUUUUACCAAUGAACCAACACCUUUCAGACUCUAUAAAUGCAUGGCCUCUUUAUUCUUUUAAUUACACAGGGCCCGUGCUUCAUGAAAUGUGUUAAAUGUAUCUAUGACGAUCGGUGUGUGACUUGACACUAGAGAAUUGCCCGCGCCAUAUUGACCCAUUACUCUGUAUCUCUAAAUGAGAUGUACAGAUAAGGACCAGAAUGCUGUGAAAUAUCUUAUCUUUGAUUUGUAACUUCUAUAAAGGUGUCUUUGAAUGUCGGAUCAGUCAGUAUUUCUUAGCAUUUUUUUUUUUUUAAAUCCUCCAGCACAGAAUGUAAGGAAGGGGAUACAAGAACAAUGCUAGGCUUUAUAUUAUGUUUAGUCUGACAUUCAAGGAACGACAUAAUUUCAAAUGUCUGGGGUAAUCUGUAAGGCAAAUUUGACAGUAAAGCAAAAAUAAAAAAAUAUAUAUCAUUGGAAAAUAU